UCUUAAAAAGUCUUCCCAUUUCAGAGCGCAUAAAAGCCGGUAGCUUCUCGUGAAAAAAACAGUUGAUCUUAAGAAAUUAGCAUGACCAACAAAGAGAUCAUUUUUGUCGUUCUUCUAGCCGUAACAUUGGGUAUAACUGCGGAGAUUUGUCCAUCACCUUUUGAUCGAGUUGGCAACAAAUGCUACCACGUGUCCUUACAAAAGGCCAACUGGCAUGUUGCCGACCGCAGCUGUCGAAAGCUCGGAGGCGAACUAAUGGUGUUAGAUGACCAGGAAGACAAACUAUUAACGACCGAAUAUCUGAAGAGUCUGGGGCUUUCGUUCUCCCAAAGCUGGCAUCAUUCCGUCUGGGUUGGGAUCACAUGUCUUGGAAACACCCGCACGUUCCUCCUCGCCAAAAAUGGCGAUAAUGUGCCAUUCCUGAACUGGGUGCCCAGAGAACCAAACAAUGCGUCUCCCGAAGAAGAUUGCGUGGGUUUUGCAAAUUACAACGGAGCCUAUGGGUACCACGAUAUAGAGUGUAAAGUCCAGUUCCCUUUUGUUUGUCAGAGGCAAGCAACGGAGGAUUAUCUGUGCCUUAAACGGCAACAGUUCUUGGAGGUACUCUUGUGAUAAGCAAACCACCAGCUAAGAAGAUAAAAUAAAUAAACUUACUGCACUCAGACCAGA